GGUUCAGUCGCAUCGCAACCCUCGGCAAGGGUGCUCCAUCUCCGCCUCUUCCUUCCUUAUUUUAUAAUAGCCCUGUACUGUUUAAAUUGAAGAGGCUGUAAGUAGUAUUGGGUAAGAGUGAAAAUGACCUCCUAUUUAGUUUAACUGGUCUUUUUUAAUUAAGUUUUUUUUGUUUUCCUGCGUGGACAAAAACUUUAAAACUAUUACAUAACAAGUGAGGAUCUCGUCAAGUCUCAGCCGGGAUAGAAUGAUCGGUAUCUGGCAGAACACCGAGUCGUCAGUGACGCGCGGCGGCGGGCGCGGCCGAUAGUACCACCGCGGCGCGACACACCGCCGCCUGUCGUGCAACCCGCCGCGUAACAUACCCCGCAACAUGGUGCGCGGCGACAAGAAAUCACCGCAGAAGACCGACUCGCAGAAAUCCAGCACCAACCUGGUGGGCAAGUUCACGCAGAGCGUGCGCCGCAUCGUGCAGGAUGUGAAGGACGAGGGCACCUCCAGCGGGCAGACGAAGGAAGAAGUGAUCGAGACCAACGAGCGGCUGCGGGCGGUGCGGGUGCGCCUCGACGAGAACUACGACACGGCCAAGAAGGCGCUGGUCACCCUCAUGGGACGGUACAGCGAGUCCAAGACCGAGAGGAAUGUCUUCACCCGGUACGCGCUGCUCAAGGCCAUGAUUAAGGAUGUCAUCCGUCUCGAAACACAAUACUGGUCCCUCGUAGAGAUCCCGAGACAGGAGAAGGCGGAGACGGUGCCGGCCUUCGUGCUGCGAGCCUGCGCCAUCAUGGAGAAGACACAGAAGUCGGGAGAGGGAGUCAAGACCUCGGCGAAGCUGGCGGAGGAAGCGGCUGAUCGGCGGGAGAGGAUCGAGCGGCUCACUGACAUGACGACAUCGCAGAUCGAGGCGGAGAACACUCAGAUGACGAACGACCUGUACCGUCUGCUGAAGAAAUACACGGGCCUGAGAAACUUAAUUAGAGAACUUAAGUCGGACUACGUGAGCUCGAAGGUGUACCCGAUGUUCCCGCGCUACACGAUGCUGAAGGACAUGAUCAAGGACAUCAUGCACGACCCCGACUACAUGGAGGUCUGUCACGAGGUCGACCCAUAGCGUGGGGUGCGCAAAUAGGCGAGGCGCUCCUUCUCCAACCGCUAAACGCGGCGGUUGAGACGUCACUAGCUGGUGCGAGAGCAGGACCACACGCGGGACAGAGACAGAAGACGCUAGCGUGUUUGGCAUUUGAUUUUCUUUCGCGAGCUUCUUGAAUUUGGAAAUAGAACAGUUAACUUAACUUUUUUUGUUUUUAUG